AUGGAGGUUCGGCAAUUGGCUUCAUCGCGGCAGAUAACUGUAGUGAAUGGAGGUCAAGGAGCUGACUAUACACCGUUUAUAGUCCCGGCAGCGACUUUGGGGGCUUUAGGAUAUGGUUACAUGUGGUUCAAGGGCAUUUCAUUCUCUGAUAUCAUGUGCAUAACAAAGCAGAACAUGGACAAUGCUGUGGCGAACUUGACAAAGCAUUUGGAUACCGUUUCAGAAGCUAUUUCUGUGGGUGAUUCUUCUAUCGACUUUUCAGGUCUUAAUGCUAAGAAACACCUGAGUCAGCGGCUUCAGAAGGUGGAUGAUAAGCUGGACGUGCAGAAAGAUCUUUUAAAGGGAGUCCAGGAUAAUGUGGGUUUGGCUCUUGAGGAUCUUGCUAACAUUGGAGAUGAUUUCGACGCAAUGCAUAGCCUCUUUGGUGGUAUGGGUGGAAAAUUAGAUAGCAUUGAGUACAAGCAGAAUAUUGCGAAUAUGGGUUUGAUGUAUCUGUGCGACUCUUUGGGUGGAGAAAAUCACAAGAUGCCGGAUAUAUUGAUACAGGAGAAGCUUCGGCUUUCAGGGAAGUCAAACACAUGUAUAGUACUUACAAACGAAGAAGCUUCAAGCUCAGAGGGAUUAAAAGAAAGCGCUAAGAUAGAGCUACUAGAUGACUGCUAA